GACUUCCCUAGAUGUCGGUUGAAGUUUAAAGAUAGAUUAGGAGAAGGGAAGUUUGGUAAAGUCCUGAAGGCUGAAGCUUUGAGUAUCUGUAAGAGCGGAAAAUGGGAGACAGUGGCGGUUAAAAUGUGGAAAGAUACAGCUACUGAUGGCGAGAAAGAAGAUUUUUACCACGAGCUGAUGAUCGUCAAGAAAAUAACACAUCAUCAAAAUGUAGUGAAAUUCCUGGGUUCAUCCAAAUCUAUAGGGUCCGAUCCAGUGUUGAUGAUUAUGGAAUUUGUAUCGGGAGGAGAUUUACUUCGUUUUCUCCGAACCAAGAGAACUUAUUAUAACCAGAUAGCCGAGGAGGUGGAACAACAGAAAUCAGGUGCCACACCGGACGACACCGGGUCUCCAGAAAUAACAGUCGACAGUCCGAAAAUACCAAGAGCAGCAGAAUUGACAAUUCAACCAGAUUUAACACCUAAAGAUUUACUGUGUUACAGUCAUCAGAUAGCUAAAGGCAUGAGCCACAUCGCUUCACUGGAGAUUAUCCAUCGUGAUGUAGCAGCUAGGAAUAUUCUUAUCAGUGACAAUAAUAUCUGUAAAGUUUCUGAUUUUGGUCUAGCUCGAGAUGUAGAGGGCGCCGAUGAAUAUGAAAGGACUACCAAGGGACCUCUCCCUAUUCGCUGGAUGUCACCAGAAGCCUUAAGAGAUAAUGUCCAUUCUACCAAAUCUGAUGUCUGGGCUUACGGUGUAUGUUUAUGGGAAAUAGCAACUUUCGGUGCCAGUCCGUACCCCGGUAAAUCAGUCAAGAUGGCGAUGGAGGCUAUUUUAUCCGGAAAACGAUUGGAAUGCCCUGGACAUUGUAACAAAGAAUUUUUUGACGUGAUGGAGAGUUGUUGGACGAGAGAGCCAGCUGACCGACCGAGUUUUAAUGAACUAGUUCAAACUCUGGAGGACCAACUCGAGUCGGAGGGAGAGUAUAUGAUGCUGGAUAAUUUUAAUAAAGAUAUUUACUGUGUUCUCGAUAAUAAUUCAGACGAAAAACUCUGA